CUCAAACAAACAAUUCAUCCUACAACACUUUCUCUCUCUACAAACCCAGUUUCACACAUUAUCUCUUUACAAAACCCAAUUUCAAACAAAAUGGCGCCAAAGGUAGCAGAGAAAAAGCUCGCCGAGAAGAAGCCAGCAGAGGAGAAAAAAACUGCAGCUGCUGAGAAGAAGCCGAAAGCCGGGAAGAAGCUACCAAAGGAAGCCGGCGCUGGAGCCGCCGACAAGAAGAAGAAGAGGAGCAAGAAGAGCGUGGAGACAUACAAGAUAUACAUAUUCAAGGUGUUGAAGCAGGUGCAUCCGGAUAUCGGAAUAUCAAGCAAGGCUAUGGGGAUUAUGAACUCCUUUAUUAAUGAUAUCUUUGAGAAGCUUGCUCAGGAAGCUUCUAGGCUUGCCAGGUAUAAUAAGAAGCCUACGAUUACGUCUAGGGAGAUCCAGACCGCGGUUAGGCUGGUGCUGCCCGGUGAAUUGGCGAAGCAUGCUGUUUCUGAAGGGACCAAGGCUGUGACAAAAUUUACUAGUUCUUAGAUUUGGGGAUUAGGGUUUAUAAAAAUUAAUGUCACUGUUUUCGUGUUAUGUGGUUUAGAUUAAUGCAGUUGGAUCUUUGUUUCUAAAAAUUUGAUAGAUGUUGGGAAAAAGCUUUAUGCAUUUAGUUUUUUGAUAUA